AUGGUCCCCAAAGAGAACAAACAGCGGACUGGCGAUGCUUCAGUAACAAGCUCAAUAGCUGUUGCAUCGAACGAGACACCUGUCUCUGAGGUCCCGACUCCUGCGGCGUGUGUACGUAUAAAAUCUGCAAUGACCGAGAAAAUCGUUGAAUACCAUUCCAUGCUGACCAGCCAAAUCGCCGCUGGCUCUAAUGAGGACCUUGCACUUGCUGAUGCUGACUUCAUCCAGCGUAUCGCUUGGAUCUGUGCGUUUUUGGCUGCUGAUGAGCGAUACCUCCAGUUGCUCCGUGUUGUCAACGGACGUCGUACCAUGAAAUCAGUCGUGCUCGCCAGUUCAAUUCGCUUUAUCUCUUGGGAUGAUAUUGCUGCAACUGCCAAAUACACCAGUAGUUACCAAAAAGUUAAAAAAUACGAAGGUCAUCGGCCCGAUCUAGUUCAUGUCUGUUCAAUCAUCACUAACGGAAAUAGCUGGGGUUGGGAGUAUCGCGCACUAAACCUUUGCAUGAUACAUCCGUGUAUUCUCCAAAUGAGCGAUUCCAUGGCUGCAUUGGACAUCAAUUUAGGAAGUGACAGAUGA